AUGAAGUCAACAGAUGAGAGGGCAAGAAGAAGAGAUGAUCCAGAAGAGAAAGAGAAAACAGAGCUGGAAAAACACAAUGACAGACUUCAGAAAUGGGCUGUGGAGCUGGAGAAUAUCAAAGAGGAGGCUGUAUCAAAGUUAUGGCUGCCAACCAAACAAAGGUCCUGGAAGACAGGAAGUGGAAGCCCCAAGUACAUUCCUAACUCAGUGUGGCAGUGGAUUCUCAGUGCUUCAGUGCCUGUUCACUUGGAUGCUGCCUCCAGCGACUCUUCGCUGGUCGUGUCACCAGACCGACUGCAGGUCCGGGAGGCCACAGUGUCCUCCGCAACUCCUUCAAACAACAGCCAAGGCUUUGCUAAGUGGCCCUGUGUGAUGGGGGAUGUCAAAAUCAGUGCAGGGAGGUACUACUGGGAGGUAGAUGUGUCCCCUAAUGGUAGCUGGAGAAUAGGUGUGAUGUCAGAGCUUUCUCCCAGGAGCCAAAAAUACAUGACACCAGAAGAAGGAUACUGGGUCCUGUGGAAAAGCUCUAAUUUGUGGGCCUGUACCAACAAGGCCACUAAGCUGGAGAGGGUGACUUUGCUCCAACACAUUGGGGUGUAUGUGGAUGUCGAGGAGGGUCAGGUGUCUUUUUAUGAUGUCGAACGAAGGGUUCACAUCUAUACCUUCUCUGAUACCUUCAGACACAGUCUCAUCCCUCUGUUUUGCUGCCUGGAUGGAAAAACAGUUCUUAAAAUCAAACCACCAAAGAUGUAUAGGAAACACUGA